AUGUCGCAGCCGCUUUCCAGCGUUGUCGUUUGAAAUUCGGCUCAAAAUGGCGGCGGCGGCGGCUGGGAGCGGGCCUGAGGCGGUGGCAGCGAAGCUGGAAGGGGCGGAGGAAGAGGAGGAGGCGGCGGCCGCCGCCGUAGCGGAGAAGGAUGAGAAGGACGCGGAGGCCGAGGGCAGCGGGACUGGCAAAGCUGCGGACAAGGCUGCAGCAGCAGGCGGGGAGGCCGGCGGCGGCGAGAGCGAGGAAGAGGAGGAGGAGGAAGAUGUGUUCGAGGUGGAGAAGAUCCUCGACGUGAAGACCGAGGGGGGUAAAAUUCUCUACAAAGUACGGUGGAAAGGAUAUUCCUCUGAUGAUGAUACCUGGGAACCAGAGGUUCAUUUGGAAGACUGCAAAGAAGUGCUGCUCGAAUUCAGAAAGAAAAUUUUGGAUAAUAAGCCUAAACCUGUUAAAAAGGACAUACAGAACCUAUCUCUAAAUGAUGAUGUAUUUGAAGCAGACUCUGACAGUGACUGGCAAAGUGAAACAAAAGAUGAUGUUUCACCAAAGAAGAAGAAAAAAAAGUCAAAAGAUGUAGAGGAUAAAAGUCCAGAUGAUCCAAAGAAGAAGAAGUCUAAGUCUGCAAAACUCAAAGAAAAACCCAGAACAGAAUGUGAGAAUUCCUCAGAUACUUUGGUUUUGGAUUCAAAAGCAAAAAAAAGGAAUUCUGAAACCAAGGAGGAUUCAAGGGACUCAAAGAAGCAAAGGAAAGAAGAUACUAAAGAAAUCAAGAAAAAGAAAGGAGAAGUUAAAGAUUUAAAAAUAAAAUCUAAAGAAGACAAAAAAUCACAGAAGGAGAAGUAUGGAGAUGUUCAGAUUGACUCAGAAUCAAGUGGUUUAGAUAAUGUGUUUUCUCAAGUUACUGAUAAUGAAAAUUUAGACUUAAAUUCUGAAAAUAAAUAUGAGAAUCAAAGAGUAUCAAGUGGAGAAGAGCGAUUGGAAGAAGAAUUUGCUGAAAGAGAGUUCAUUGCUGAUAGGCAUCUUGAUGGAUCUGCAAGUAAUGAAGAUGAUAGUAUUGAUGCUAAGGUUAAAAGAAAGAAGAAAAAAAGUCAGAAAGCUGAAGAUUGUAAAGAAGAAAGUAGAAAAGUGGAAACUGAAGAUACCUUUUUAGAGAGACGAAGCUUGCAGAAAAAGCAAAAAGGUCAAGAAAAUGUAAAAAUGGUACAGAAUGAGUUGGAGAAAGUGUCAUCUGCUCCUUCACCAAUGCAGAAGGGUUUGAAAUUGAGUGCUAAUGAAAAAGAGCACAAGCCCACUGAUUCAGUAGGGGAGUAUCAGGAGAAAGAAGUAAAGAAAGCUGAAACGAAAGAAAAAUCUCCAAAAGGAGAGUCUGAAAAAGAAGAAAAGAGCAGAAGAGAACAGAAGGGCCCUAAAAACGGCAAGCAACAAGUCUUGAGUUUGGGUAUGGACAUGCAGUUAGAGUGGCUGACACUAGAAGACUUUCAGAAGCAUCUUGAUGGAGAAGAUGAGAAUCAUGUGUCAACAGAACCAAUAUCAAGUACUCUUCUGAGGGAUGCUGUUAAAAGUGGAGAUUAUAUGACAGUAAAGAUGGCACUUUCUUCCAACGAGGAAUAUAAUCUGGAUCAAGAGGACUCAAGUGGAAUGACCCUGGUGAUGCUUGCUGCUGCUGGUGGGCACGAUGACCUUCUCCGGGUCCUAAUCAGGAAAGGAGCUAAAGUUAAUGGCAGACAGAAAAAUGGAACAACUGCAUUGAUACAUGCAGCUGAAAAGAAUUUUCUAACAACAGUAGCUAUUCUUCUGGAAGCUGGGGCAUAUGUGAACAUGCAGCAGAGCAGUGGUGAGACUGCUUUAAUGAAGGCUUGUAAAAGAGGGAAUUCGGACAUCGUGCGGCUUAUGAUUGAAAGUGGAGCAGACUGUAACAUUCUGUCAAAGCAUCAGAACAGUGCCCUGCACUUUGCUAAGCUGUGUAAUAAUGUCCUGGUGUAUGAGCAGCUCAAGAGUCAUUUGGAAACGCUCUCUAGAGUUGCAGAAGAUACCAUCAGGGAUUACUUUGAAGCUCGCCUUGCUUUGCUGGAGCCGGUCUUCCCCAUCGCGUGUCAUCGGCUCUGCGAAGGCCCAGACUUCUCCACAGAGUUCAACUAUAAACCACCACAACAUGUGCCAGAAGGAUCUGGAAUUCUUCUCUUUGUUUUCCAUGCAAAUUUCUUUGGCAAAGAAGUAAUUGCUCGGCUCUGUGGCCCCUGCAGUGUUCAAGCUGUGGUUCUAAACGACAAGUUCCAACUCCCUGUAUUUUUGGAUAGUCACUUUAUUUAUUCCUUCAGCCCUACUGCAGGCCUUAACAAGCUUUUUAUACGGUUGGCAGAUGCUCCUACUGCCAAGGUAAAGCUGCUGAUAGGUGCAUACCGAGUGCAGUUACAGUGACCUCACGGGUGUUGUGUGGACUGACACUUUUCUGGAUGUACUUCUGAUUCCUCUGUUAAGAGACUUACAAAGCAGUUUGGAGCUUUUUGGCACCACAUUCUUAGUGACUGAGUUCCCAUCUUGCUGCCACUCACUGACAUUCACACAGAAAGUGUGUUGGGACAGCAGUUGAGGAUGCUGUGCUGGUGGCACGAGGGUGUCAGCUUUUUUUACCUUGUCCAGAUAUAAGUAUUUGUGCCAAUACACAAUACUUCUGUUUCACUUGUGGAGUCCAGACUGCAUAUUUAGCUUUUCCACAGUGUGGAAUGGUUCAUGUAUUUAAGGUAACUAGGGGAAAUGUGGUUUUUAAUAGAAAAAUCUUUUCCAUUUGUAAACUGAAAUUUUCUACUUGCUCUAACUGUAUCAUUUCUAUGUAAAAUGCAGAACUGUUGUAUUCUUGGAGCCAUGGGCUGAAAUUACACUUCAGAGUCACUGCAUUAGAUUUAACUUUUGAGUUGCUGAGGGCUGUGUUCUGGUUUGAAACUAUUCCUGCUCCUGUCUCCAGAUGAGAACAUGGUAAAUUAAGCUUAGAGUGAUUCCCUCUGGACACAGAUGGUUGGGACUGCAGACAGCAGAAGAGGCUCAGUUCAUACAGGAUUACAGUUGGGUUCCCAGUUAUAUCAGUGUUUUAAAACUGCUUUUGUGUUAGAGAUGAAACUGAUAGUUUUACAGACAACUUCUGAGUUCUUGGUCACGUGACAAAUGGGAAAACAAAUACAGGGUGAAAAUACCAAACCAGAAAACUUUUCUAACUGGCUUAAAUAUGCAGGCAAAGCUUUAUGUAGAUAAAGAGGAUUUCAGAUGUUCUCAAUGUGAUAACUGAGAACAUGUGUUGUCCUUUCAUUCAGAAAUUCAGUUCCUCAGUGCAAAGAGCUGCUAUCUUUUUUUAUUAUUAUUAUUUAUUUACAUGACCCAUUUUAUCAGAUGACAGUGGUUCUGGAGUGGUCCUGUGCUAUGAAAUACAAAUUUAAUGCUUCUGCAUGAAAAAUAAAAUAUUUUUCUUUUUAAAUUUACCAACAUCUUGAAAAGUGGAAAGAAACCCCAAAACCAAACAAAAAACACCCAAGAAAAAAUCCAGAUUGUGCCUUUGCAGCUCUGGUUACCACGUGUAGUUUACACACCACUAUGUGCCUAUAUUGUUAGCAAAACUAUUGUAGAUAAAUUUAAAUUCUUAAUGUAUUCAGAGUGCUUGCCAUCAAAAUGGUGCAGAUGUAUCCUAUUAAGAACUGUGACUCUUUAAUAUUAUGUAAAAUUAACCAGGUUUUAAUUUUUGGUUCUUUAAAGUUUAGAACUUUCCUAUUUAAGAGAUGCCAAAUGAGUAAGUAACAAAGCAAACUGUUUCAGUUUUGUGGAAUGUGUUAAGCUAUGUAAAACGAGAACAGCAGCAUUUACCCACAAUACUCAGUUCUGGUUUGAUUUAGAGUAGUUGCCUCUCUUUUUGCAGACAACUAAUGAGAUGUUAACAGCUCUGGGUUUUGAACAGACUUGGUACCUCCACCUCUCUGAAAUUUGUCAGAUAGAUACCUCAUUUUGCAGUGUGAACACCUGAGCUGAGUGAAAAGCAGUGGAUGAGAAUCAGGUUUGUCACUGCCAGCACCUGGGACUUCGUGUUGCUGUGCUGCUGCUUGGUCACUGCAGAUUCAGUGAAGAUGAAUAAGGGAACAUCUGUGUUUCCUGAUGCUGGAGUGAGUUUCACAGACCUGGCUGCCCCCUCCUCAGUUACUCCUGCAUUGUAGGCUUACUGAACAGGAUCAUCCGUGUGCGUGUUAAGCUCUGUAUAGCACAUCAGUGGUAAAUGUUAGAGUUGUUUAAGAUGGGGAUAAAAGUUUUUUGAACAAGUGUCCAUAUAAUAUAGAUGAUAUUUAGAAACUGUUGUACAGUCUGACCUAAAAAUGUCUAGUAAUGCUCCAAGAGUUGGUGUAGAAAGUAGUUUGUCAAAAGCUGUUGAUUCUGGGGUUUGUUUUGGUCAGGGUUUGGUUGGUUUGGUUUUUUUCCUUCAGGCAUUUGGGAAAGAGGGAGGAGUUUUACAGGACAUGGGAAUAAAAUUUGAAUUCAUGAUGCUUUUAUUGACAGAUGACUUUUGCAGCCAUCUUUCUCUUUUAGUUGGUGAUAUAAAUUAAAAAUCCCUACUGAAGAUGCAUAAAAGGCAUAUGAAAAUAUGUUUGAAGUCCCUUUUCAGUCUGUUUUUAUUGUAUGGGCAUUAACCAGUUGCUAAGAGGUUUUGCUGAACAAAAGAUGAAAAAAAAGUAGCUACAAUAAAAAAAAUAAACCUCCUUUA